CCACACCACACACCUUCCUCCCUCCCCCUCGCUCUUCCCGCUUCCCGAGGCCUCCCUGCGCCGCCCCGCCGACACACGGGGCCCACAAUGGCCGCCCCCGCCCGCGCCCGCUUUGUCCACAACCGCAGCCGCCGCCGCGCCGACGAGGACGACUCCGACGACGAGGACCAGCGGCGGCAGGACGCCUCCUCCUCGUCCUCUGACGACGACGGCGGGGAAGAGGAAGAGGAGGAGAUGGAGGUCGAGGGUUCCGAUGAGGAGGAGGAGGAGGCGGUCGCCGACGAGCCAGCGGCCAGGGAGUCCCCCGCGGCAGCGGGGAGGGGCGGCAGGAAGGGCCCGAUUACCAUCAGCCUCAAGAAAGUCUGCAAGGUGUGCAAGAAGACGGGGCACGAGGCAGGGUUUAAGGGCGCGGUGUACAUCGAUUGCCCCAUGAAGCCUUGCUUCCUAUGCAAGAUGCCAGGUCAUACGACCUUGACUUGCCCACACAGGGUAGCAAUGGAGCAUGGUGUUAUCCCAGCCCCUAGAAGGAACACAAACACUUCACUGGAUUACGUCUUUCAGAGUCAAGUGAAAGGAAAGAUCUCCAUGGUUAAGCCUCGGUUUCUAGUACCUAACCAAUUGGAGUGUGGUAACAUAAAAUUUCACCAAAGACGUGUGACCUGCCUGGAAUUUCAUCCAACUAGGAACAAUGUGCUUUUAUCAGGAGACAAGAAAGGGCUACUAGGCAUCUGGGAUUAUGUUAAGUUGCAUGAGAAGAUUACUUAUGAUUCUGUGCACUCCUGCAUUCUGAACAGUAUGAAGUUUGACACUGCCAAUGAUGGAGUGCUAUACACAGCUUCUUCUGAUGGGACUAUCAGCAGCACAGACUUAGACACUGGAAUUGGUGCGCCCUUGUUAAAUCUAAACCCAGAUGGUUGGAGUGGUCCAAGCACUUGGCGCAUGAUAUAUGGGAUGGACUUAAACACCGAGAAAGGUCUUCUUUUGGUGGCGGAUAGUUUUGGGUUUCUAUACUUAUUGGAUAGACGGUCGAAGGAAAGAAUCGGGCAACCAAUUCUUAUACAUAAAAAAGGUAGCAAGGUAACUGGCCUUCAUUGCAACCCUGCACAACCUGAAGUUCUUCUGAGCAGCGGGAAUGAUCACUUUGCCCGUAUUUGGGAUACAAGGAAACUUGAUCCCAAGUCCGCUCUUGCCAGCCUUGCUCAUGGACGGGUUGUUAAUUCAGGAUAUUUUUCUCCACGAAGUGGGAAUAAGAUCAUGACAACAUGUCAGGACAAUCGAAUUCGUGUUUGGGAUUAUAUUUUUGGUAAUCUGGAAUCCCCAAGUAGAGAAAUUGUUCACAGCCAUGAUUUCAAUCGCCACUUGACUCCCUUCAAAGCGGAGUGGGAUCCAAAGGAUUACUCAGAAACAGUUGCAGUUAUUGGUCGUUACAUAAGUGAAAACUACAAUGGGGUUGCUCUACAUCCCAUUGAUUUCAUAGACACAAGCACUGGGAAGCUUCUGGCUGAGGUGAUGGACCCCGACAUAACCACUAUCAGCCCAGUGAACAAGCUACAUCCUCAAGACGAUAUCCUAGCCACAGGAAGCUCAAGGUCCAUUUUCAUUUGGAAACCAAAGAACGACGUCGACGAUCCCACGGAAGAGAGGACCAGCCAGAAGGUCAAGGAAUAUGUAUACGGGUCAGGUUCGCGGAAGAAACCAAAUGGCAAGCACGACAACAGUAGUGAUGACGACUCGGAUGGUGGUGGUGGAAAGAGCAAGAAGGCGAAGAAGACUCGCUUCACUCAUACGGCAAAGGGAAAGGGCAAAUCCAAAGCUUGAUAAUAGAUACAGUUAGUGCAGCAGCUAUUUUGGCAGAAAGAACCUAUUGACAGCCGCUGCUGGAGCUCAUUUUGGGUACCAUCUCGCGUCUUAGUCCUAGCUUAACACGCUGAAGCCCCAUGGUAGUAUACCACGAUCAUCUUAAGCAACAAACGUUUUAGAGUUAGUUUUGUGUUGCUUUUGAACCCUGAUGUGCUGAAGCCUUGUGGUACUAUGGCAGUAUGCCACAGCCAUCUUAAGCAACAAACGUUUAGAAUUAGGUAUGUGCUGCUUUGGAAUCCUGAUGUGCUUUUGGGGGUAAAUCUGUAUAUAUAUGCUCCUUAUAUCUGCUUCUACUCAGUUGCUUGAAUGCAGUUUCAAACACAAGUUACUGAUCA